AUGCGGCUCCGUUCCUUUUUGCUGCGGUACUACCCGCCAGGGAUCACGCUGGAGUACGAGACCUCCUCUGGGGAGGUGCGGGAGAAGACGAUAGACCUCCUCACCCUCACGGUGACGACGAACUUAGAGCGGCUUGCGGCGGAGAUCAUCAAGGAGGAGCCGCUGCUCUCUGAGAGGUAUACGCCGCAGCUCUUGUCGUACCUGCAACGCCUCGUGGAGAAGCUGAGGGUGGGGCACAACAAGAAGGAGAAAUUCGUGCUGUUUAAGGCACUGCGGGGGCACAUGCUGCCCUUGACGAACUGUGCCUUUAACAAGGGCGGGGACUCCUUUAUCACCGGAAGCUACGACCGCACCUGCAAGGUGUGGGACACGGCCAGUGGCAACGAAAUCGUCUCACUGGAGGGGCACCGCAAUGUAGUGUACUCGGUGUCAUUUAACAAUCCCUACGGCAAUCGCGUGGCCACAGGCAGCUUUGAUAGGACGUGCAAGAUAUGGGAUGCGGCUACUGGGCAGUGCUACCACACACUAGCCGGUCACAUGGCUGAGGUGGUCUGCAUGAGCUUCAAUCCGCAGAGCACGCUGCUUUCGUCAGGCUCGAUGGACUACACUGCGAAGGUGUGGGACCUGGAGACGGGGCAUGAGACCUACUCCCUCCUCGGGCACACCGCAGAGAUAGUCUCACUUAACUUCAACACCAAGGGGAAUUUAAUUCUCACGGGUAGCUUUGACACAAGUGCCAAACUUUGGGAUGUUCGCACCGGCAAGGCCACACACACGCUGCAAGCGCACCGAGCUGAAAUCUCCUCGACGCAGUUUGACUACGCCGGCAACCUCUGCAUCACCGGCUGCAUCGACCGCACCUGCAAGUUGUGGGACGUCGGCUCCGGGCAGUGUGUGGCGACGCUUCGCGGUCACACGGACGAGAUCCUUGACGUGGCUUUUAACACGACGGGGUCUCUCAUUGCGACGGCUAGCGCAGACGCCACGGUGCGCAUCUACGACACGGCGAGUUGCAACUGCGUCGCAAGCCUGCUGGGCCACGAGGGUGAGAUCUCAAAGGUGCAGUUUAACCCACAGGGGACAAAAGUCAUCUCCGCCUCAAACGAUAAGUCCUGCCGCCUGUGGAGUGUGGAGACGGGGGAACUUUUGCAGUGCCUUGUUGGGCACAAGGACGAGAUAUUCUCCUGCGCAUUCAACUACGAGGGGGACGCCAUUUUGACAGGCUCCAAAGACAAUACCUGCGGCAUCUGGAAGAGUCAGCCUGGCUAG